CAGCGGCGUUUCGCAGCGCGGCGGCUUUGGGUAUCGGCGGGCGGGGAAGACCGAGUUGGGCAACGACUGACCCUAACAUCCAGCGAGGAGGGGGAAAAAGAGGCAAAAACUCGGAUGAAAGCCGGGGUUAGGGGUUGCCCGAGCUAGCCUCCUUCACCGGCACACCACCGCGGCCGCUCAUUCCGUCUCAGUCCGUCCUGUAGCUCGUCUAAUGUCGGAUUUCAAGCUCGGGAUUGUUCGCCUGGGCCGUGUGGCCGGGAAGACAAAAUACACCCUCAUCGAUGAGCAGGAUAUACCACUGGUGGAGAACUAUGCCUUUGAGGCACGGAUGGAGGUCGACGCCGACGGCAACGGAGCAAAGAUCUUCGCGUACGCCUUCGAUAUAAGCAAAGGCCGGUGGGCCGGACGACCUCUGCACGAGCUGCUUUGGGAAAAGCACAGAGGCGGCAUCGCACCCAGCUUCCAAGUUGUCCAUAUAAACGCGGUCACGGUCGACAACCGUCUAGACAACUUGCGCCUCGUUCCUGUCGGCUGGACCCCCAAACCGGAAGAGCUGUCUAGCAAACAAAGGGAGCAGUCGCUGUACUGGUUAGCUAUCCAGCAGGUCCCAGCCGACCCAGUGGAGGAGCAGUACCUGGAGCUGGGACGCACACGUUACUACAACGCUAACGGGGAGCUGGUGGAGGAAGAAGAGUGUUCCUGCACUUACUACGAGUGCCACUACCCCCCUUGUUCACUCAUAGAGAGGAGGCUGCGAGAAUUCAACAUCUGUGGUCGCUGUCAGGUGGCACGUUACUGCGGCUCGCAGUGUCAGCAGAGGGAUUGGCCGGCCCAUAAGAAGCAGUGCCGUGAACGCAAGAGGGUCCUGGCCCUGGAAUCCGAGCCUGAGCGGUGAUCCCCUGAACCCCCAUUAGUGAAAAAUGGGGUCGGACGGGGGGGACUGCAGGACGGACUUGCAAAGAAAUGCAAAAAGAACAACGUAAAAAAAUAUAUAUCUACUGACUGACUAACCGAAUGGGUGAUUUGUUGGUAGGUAAGGCAGGCUUGUUGAGUGCGGGGGCGGGGGGGGGGCAUGGAAACCUUUUUAUUUUAUUUGGUAUUUAUUAUUUUUUUGCUUUCCAAACUUUGGCAUUUCCUUAGGAGUGGGAGGGGGGGUUUCUUUUGGAGGUAUAUUGAUAAAAGGCUGCUGCUAUGGAUGUGUGUUUUGUGAAGAAAAACACCACGCCAUCAUGACUUCCUCCGUACGGACUGUCGAGCGUUCACGAACUCACUCCUUCCUUCCAUUCUCACGCCUGUCGUGAAGCGUUCGCCACUGGUCUCGAGGAACAUGCCUGCUGUAGAAUGAGAUGGAAAUACGGACCUCUUCACUGUACUUUUUUUUUUUUUUCUUCUUCUUCUUCCUCCUCCCCUCUCCCGGUCGGACUUCCUGUGUACACGGACGUACACUCGCUCGCUUACCUGCCGUAUACGUCUCCGGGUGUGCAACCGUGCGAAGGACCGUGCGAAUUCACACUACCAGUAUUGUGUGUGUGUGUGUGUGUGUGUGUGUGUGUGUGUGUGUGUGUGUGUGUGUGUGUGUGUGUGUAUAUAUAUAUAUAUAUAUAUAUAUAUAUAUAUAAUGUGUGUGUGCGCGCGCCAUGCCAUUAUUGACUGAAGUUACAGAAUUGUUCUCUAUUCCAGGUAUUGGUGUAUGGACUGGGUAGGGAAGAGUUAUUAAAUUCGGUGAUGUCGCUCUUUGUUGCGACGUUCUGAAACCGCUCUUAGUUCUGCAUUAAAAAUCCUAAUCGCCUUCCAUUCGACAAGGUUCACGCUCUGUCAUGUUUAUGGAUUCAAGGAAUGUCCCGGCUUAAAGGGGGGAAAAAAACCAACCUUGAAGAUGCACACCAAGUUGUUUCCACGUAUUCAACAUCCACUGUCCUCUUUCUGCAAGUUGGCGCUCGGUAUGUCAAUCCCCCUCGUUCAGUGUGUAACAUCUGUAACUUUUCUCUCACCUCGUGUUUCGUAUGAACCUGAACUUUUUAAAAGAAAGAAAACAAACACAAAAGGCAUACACGCACACACGUUUCAUGUGCGUCUUCCUCUUCAAUGUAAGGCAACUUUAUCGAACUGUAAUGUGACGCGCACGGACACGCACACGAACCUUGCAUGUAUCGCAGGUAUACAUGCUAAUUGUUGACAGUUGUGUACCAAUGUGUUUAUUUAUCCAGAUAGGGUUGAACACUGUGCACUGAAUAGCCUCACUUUCAUCUUUUGUCACGUGGGAGACGAGAUUACAGAAUGAUUGCGUUCGGGGCAGUUAUUUUUUUUCUUAUUUUUUAAUUUUAUUAAAUACAAAAAUUAUGAUAUACUUUAAAAUAUGUAUAAAAAAAAAAAAAAAAACAAAACAAACGAUGGAAAAUUUUACGUGAUGGGGCUUAAUGUUCGAUAUCCAACUAUUGUCACUGUAAAAUAAAUAAAGUAUGAUGUGCGAAAAGUAUGUUUACACCAGAAAA